AGAGGCCAGAGCUACUACGGUGCCCUUUACGCAAAAGAGCUCAAUACAGUACGGUACCGGUAUGAUUAGGGAUUUAUGGUUUGGCGAACUUUUAGAUAUUAAUUUAAAGCAUUGUGUUCUGUAGGUAUAUCGCAGCUCCGUGCUUUUAUUUGAGAUCAAAAUGAAUCAAAGACCUGUAGUAGGCCUACUUAGAUGUUUAAAUCUCUUUUGAAACUUGUCAAUUUUCCGGACUUUUUGCCCUGUCCCUUUGUCUUAUGUGUGUUUAUAAAAUUUGGAAAGGAUACAGUGGUACACUUGGAAUAUCUCUAUUUUUUGUGUGAAGUAUUGCUGUAGGACAGAUGGGUAGACUUUAUAAUGCGGGGGAUCCAUACAAGCAGACAAGGCUGUAUUUCGUAUUUUUUCAUUUUAUUUACUGCCUUUAAUUGCGUUGAAAUUUAUAUUUUCAGAUUAUAUUCUUGAAUUUAUUGUAAUUAAUAGUUUUGCAACUUCCAUAUAUAAUUAAGAAGAGAAAAAUGGAUAGAGAAAUUCAAAAAAUGUUUUUGACUGAUCGGAUUCCGAACAUUCAGUCAAGUGUACUUGUUUUUGCAUAUCUUCCCAUUGGAAUAUUGCUCUUCCUUCUGAGAAUAUGCCUGCUAUUGAACUUUGUUAUCGCAAGGCAGUUAUUGAAAUUAAUUAUGAAAGAAAACAAUCCUGUAUUCAAGAAUAUAAGUUGGAUAUAUAUGGUUAUACUCGGUGUUAAAGUUAGCGUGAAUGGAGCAAUAUGUGCAAACGUUUUAAUAUCAAAUCAAAAGUCAAACAUUGAUGGAUUUAUAUUCAGCCAUGCACUUAAUGUUGUAAGUGAGAACAAGUGGAACUUGUGGCCAUUUAUGCGAAAAAUACUGCGAUUGGAAAAUUUUAAAAAUAUUGUUGCGGGUAAGACAUUACCGAUUGUCAUUUUCCCAGAAGGUUGUCCAACUACUGGUGCUGGAAUAUUAAAGUUUGAAACUUCUUACUUCAAAAGAACAAACUGUGUUCAAGUUGGUGCAAUCUCAACAUAUAGAAUCCUGCCAAUUUCAACUGCCACUGCACAUAGUACUUUGAUUGGUGAUAUGUUUUGGAUGCUUUUUACACCUCUAACCUCAUAUACAAUUCAACUGUCAGAAACAGUCGUUAAAAGAGAUGACAAUAUGAGUGAAAAUGAUUUUUUAAAUUCAGCAAUGACACAAAUAUCAAACAUGUUGAGGGUUCCAGUUUUAACAAUCUCUUGUCAGGACAAAAAUAAAUAUUUUGAAAACUUGAGGCGACAAAGAGAAGCUCAAAAAAGGGCAAUAUCCAAUGCGAGUCAAAAACUUCUCCAUAUGGCCAGUAAAGUGCAAGAAAUUGUACCGCAUGUUCCACGAAAUGUCAUUUUGAAUGAUUUAGCCAAAACUAAUUCUAUUGAUGUUACAUUGACAAAUAUAUUUGAAGGUAUUGUUAAAUUUUCACCUAUUAAACCGAAGCCAAAGAAACAACCAAAAGUGAAACAGCCAUCACCACAGUCAUUGCUAGAAAAAAGGAAAGCUGAAAUGUAUGAGAUGGCGAGAAAAAGGUACAAGGAAAAGCAUGAAUUGUAACGCUUAUCAAGUAUUUUCAUCCAUGUUGGAUUUUCUGUCAAAAUCAUUGGAAAAACUUGGAAUCUUCGUUUCCAUUAUGGAUGCCGAACUGAACAGACCAAUAUUUAAAAAUAUCUAGACUUUGAAUUUCUAUGUACUAUUUAUUAAACAUGUAAUAUUAUCUAUUAUGGGAUUUGAAAAAUUUGGCAUGUAAAAUAAUUGAAAUGAAAACCUGAAUUUUAGACUACAUUACUGCCAUGAAUUUGGAAUAGCAGAGCAAGCUGUAUUGCUAAAUAUAUUUAUACUCGCUGCUGUUUUAUAGAAUUUCAGUGCAAUCUGAAUACAUCGAAGACCUAAUUUUCAAUGAGCUGUAAAAACAGAGCGCCACAGAGCGGGUGGCUUGUGUGUUUUUUGGUUUGUCUUUAUUUCUUAUAUGCAUGUGGUGGCCAUAAGAAUCUUUUCAAACAUCGAUCAAUCCAUAAUUUUGCUCCACUUGUUAAUUCUUCAGUACUCUAAAACUGGUUACAAUUCUUACUCCUGCGUUGUGCAGUUUGAAAUGACAUAUCAGGCUAUAAUACCACUGAAAAACUUAACAAUAUGUCAUGCUGAAUAUUCCCUUGCACAACUACACAUAUUUGACUCGGACACUGGCCACCAAAUAUGCAACUCUAUGACUGAAGUUGUGUUGGUAUUUUCAAAAUUAUUUAAGAGUAAAUUUAUAACACUUGUUGCUUUGUGAAAUAUAAUUGAAAGUUUAUAUGCUUA